AUCCCACGUAUUAUCCACUAAUUCAGUUUCUAACCCAUUUCCCCAUUUCCUAUUAUCAAUUCUUUCCCCCAAAUUUCUUCCUUAUAAAUUAGGGAUUGUUUGUGAAUUUUUUAGAAACUCGAUUUUGUCAUCCGCAAGCAGUGGUGCUGAAAAUGGUGAAGAAAAAAACCAUUGAAAUUCAAUUAAGGAGUUCAACACCAAAGAAGUUAGCUAAAGCAUCAGCAGAGCCAAAUGUUACUCCAAGACUUAUUUCUAAAGCUACGAAUAAUCUGAAUUCAAGUUCUAGAAAUGUUGUCCUAGAUUUUGGUGAUGAUCCUAAGCCAACACAGCCAACUCAAGCAAGUGGUGGUGACAAUUUACAUGUGGGAGGCAGUCAAGGAAUUGUUGAUCUUCAAAAUGAUGUGGAACAAGCUCGUUUCUGGACAAAAGCUUCAAAAAAAGUCAUUAAUUUAGAGGAAGCUUUUAAGGCAAUGCAGGAGUCAGUUUGUAAUUUGGACAAUUGGGGAGAGGACGAAUGUCAUCCUGAAGAUGCACCAUGGACUCAACCACUUUUAUAUAGUGAGAGUGAAGAUGCUAAGGAGUGGUCUGAGUUCUGUAAUAACUUUAAGGAAGUUGGUCCUGGUGGUCCUUCUGUGCGAGGUGACCGAUAUGAAUUUGGUGACCAAGAAGGCAGUAGUGAAGACGAUGGAUACGAGCAGUUGUUGGAGACGGACGAUGAAGCUGAAGAUAAACUAAAAAUUGAGAAUGAGCUGUUGACCUUUUACCCUGAUUUUCUUACGAAUGUACUGGAAGAGGAUAAUGGUAGUGAAGUGGUCAAUGGGUCUUCAGUUGAUCAAUCUCUUGAAAUUCCUAAUGGGCAUCGAGAGUGGUUUUACGACUAUGAAGAUAUUUUUGGUGAAGACCUGUUAGAUAACGAAGAGUUAUUUCCUGAAGAUGCAGGGGAUGAACAAGUUGUAGAACCAGGUUUAGUUGAGGUGGGCACACAAUUUAGUGAUAAGAUGGCAUUCAAAAGACACCUCAGAGCUUACUGUGUGCAGCAUGGAACUCAGUAUAAGUUGAAGAAGAGUGACAACUUGAGAAUCAGAGCUGUAUGCAAGUUUUCUGGACCGCCAAUCAAUUGUGAAUGGUUUAUGUAUGCCAGAAAGCUUCCUAAUGAACCUACAUUCAACCUUAAGGGUUUCUCUUUGGAUCACACCUGUAUUGGAGACCCACUAGGGAGAAAUUCUUCGGCUAAUCCUGAAUUUGUAGCUCAAUGUGUUAUCGAGAAGUUGAAGACUUCAACUUCAUCUGUUUUACCUAAGCCUGCUGAGAUUGCAAAUGACUUUUGGACAAGCCACAACACUCUAAUUCCAUAUCAUGUUGCUUGGAAAGCUAGAAACAUUGUGUUGGAGAAGAUCAACGGAAGCUAUGAUGAGAGUUAUAAACUUAUUCCAAGUUUGUGUGAGAUGAUUAUAAGGACUAACCCCGGCUCCGUAGCAAAAUUCACAUAUGGAAGGAAUGAUAAUUGCUUUGAUUCUGUGACGAUAUGCUUUGAUGCACCUAUGAAGGGUUUUAUAAAUGGUUGUAGACCAAUUGUAGGCUUGGAUGGCUGCCACCUCAAGGGGAAGUAUGGAGGUUGUUUACUUUCGGCUACCUCUCUAGAUGCUCAGAAUGGUUUGGUGCCUUUAGGCAUAAUGAUAUGUAGGAAUGAAUGUUUUGAGAAUUGGUAUUUAUUUUUGAAAGAUCUUAAACCCGGAUUAGUUGAUCAUAGGUUGCAACUGAACUUCAUCUCUGACAGACAAAAGGGUCUGUUAGAAGCAGUAGCUCUACUGUUUCCUGGUGCUCCACACAGGUUUUGCAUUAGGCAUUUAUCUAAGAACUUCAAAACACACUACAAAGGUUCUAAGUUGCACAAUCAUUUCUGGAAUGCCGCUAGAGCUUAUAAAGAGAAACAUUUCAAGGCUCAUAUGGACAGCUUGCUUGCACAGAAUGUUGAUGCUUUUUUGUAUCUGACUGAAGCAGACCCUAACUGUUGGGCAAGGGCCUUUUUUGACCAUAACAGCUGUUGUGAACAUUUGAACAAUAACUUUUCCGAGAGUUUUAACAAUAUGAUAUCAAGGAUUAGGGAGAAACCAGUGUGCAAGAUGGUGUUAAUGUAUGGACAGUUAGUUAUGGGUAUGUUUUAUAAGAGGAGGAAUGCAUGUUUAGGUUGGGAAGAUGGAGAUUUAGUGCCUACGGCUAAAAAGUUGAUUGGAAAGAUGUUAAAGCUGACUGGUGAGUACAAAGUAGAGGGCUCUGUGGCCGGUAAAUUGUACGAAGUAACAAGUAUCCGCAACACAGUGUUUACUGUAGAUCUUGUUCAUAAAACAUGUAGUUGUAUCCAGUGGCAGAUUAGGGGAUUUCCUUGUCAACAUGCCGUUUGUGCUCUUAAGAUGAUAAGACCCAAUUGGGCAGAAUAUUGUAGUAGUUUCUACAUUGUUGACAACUUCAGAACUACUUAUGCACCUAUAAUUGCACCUUUAUUGGGUCCUGAUGACUGGGAAGAGCCAACCAUUGUGAUCAAUGCUCCGAUACUCAUGAGGAAACCGGGAAGGCCUAGAGUGAAUAGGAGGAGGAGCUACGAUGAAUCACAAUCUAAGAAGAAACCUAGGUCCUGUAGCAAGUGCAAACAAACUGGUCACAACAAAACUACUUGUGGGGGUGGCGCAGUUGGUUUAAAUCCGAAGGCAAAGAGACUUAGAACUGAGGUAGAUGGUCAGACUUUCACAAGCAUUAACUAUAAUCACGGUCAAAGCCGCACUGGAAAACGUAAGAAUAAUGGCAACAACAACAUUAAUCUUGCUGAAUCUUCACAACCUGGAGGAUCACUAGUUGAUUAAUGGGGAAAGCGUUUAUCAUUAGUUUCAGUUUUUAUUCAGUAGGACUUCGUAAGACUUCUGUUUGUUGCAUGUUUUAUUUGGUUGUUUUAAGAUUUCUGUUAGAGGGUCUUGGGGAGUUUUUUUUCCGCUUUUUCUCGAUCAAUCCCUCUUUUAGGAAUUAGGUUUUGUAUUUUUCUUAUCUCAUUAUUUAGUAUCUUCAUAUCAAAACUACUUGUUUUAGAAUAUGUCUAUCUACUUUUAUUUACAAUUACUUUUAUUUACAAUUUUCAACUGAGUUCGGU